UAUAUAAAGCUCCUUCUCGAUCAGAUCGAGAGGAACACUUUCAGCAAGAUCUCCUACGAGAACGUAUCGUUCCAGCAACGACAAACGAAAUUCAUCAAGAUGAGCAAGAAAUGCGCACUCGUCGUUUUCGUCCUGUCGUUGGUCGUAAGCUCCGUUCUUUGCCAAACCUUCCAGUACAGUCGUGGAUGGACCAACGGCAAGAGGUCCGAGUUCCAGAACUCAUUGGGUGUCCCCAAUCCGGGGGACGAACAUUUCACCAACGGCGAACUCAAGAGACUGAAGAUGCUGGUAUACGGGAAUGAUGAACAACCGCUGUUGAUCCACUGUGAUUUUGUGGACAAACUGAAAAAACUCGUUCACACGGAUAAUUAUGCCUCUCAGCUGCGACAGAAGGGACCGAACGAUGACAGUUACUAAAGCGGAUACUCGGCGUGAUGGUCGUCACAUAAUAAUCACGAUUGUUUCAAAGAAGUAUUUAACGUAUAAUUUUAGAGGUGCUUUCGUAGUUUUAGUUAAAUCAAAAUAAAUUAUUAAUGCACACGAA